AUGGUUCGUGCAUCAGAACAAGAGCAGGAAAGCUAUAGGAGCAGGCUCUUCAAUUUCAAAUGGAGGAACAACGACAACAAUACAGGCAAACACGCCAAGAGCCUCAGCGUCGAGACCGGUUUAGAUGAGGCUUCCACCACCGCAUCUCAGGAGGUUGAUCAACCGUUGACCAUUAUCCAUCCUAACAAGGGCCCCUCGCUUUCAAGAUCGGCUGCGAACGAAGCAGCGCUCGCAGCCGCACAGGCCAGAGAAAAACAGCUUCUUGCAGACAUUGAGAAUAUGAAAGAGCGUUUCUCCAAGUUGUUGCUGGGAGAGGACAAUUCUGGUGGAGGCAAGGGAGUCUCCUCUGCUCUUGCCCUCUCAAACGCAAUCACAAAUCUUGCAGCUUCCGUGUUUGGAGAGCAACGACGAUUGGAGCCAAUGCCUGCAGAGAGGAGAGCAAGAUGGAGAAAAGAGAUUGAUUGGCUUCUCUCUGUGACAGACUACGUCGUUGAGUUUGCCCCAUCUCAGCAAAAGAAUAAAGAUGGAACCAAUAUGGAGAUAAUGACCACACGCCAACGUACUGACCUACACAUGAACAUUCCUGCCUUGAGGAAACUAGACGCUAUGCUCAUCGAUUGUCUAGAAAAUUUCAAGGACCAAAGCGAAUUCAGCUAUGUCUCAAAAGACUCACCUGACUCAGACAAGAGAAACGACGACAAAUGGUGGAUUCCGACCGUCAAAGUUCCACCAGAUGGUCUAUCAGAUACUUCAAGGAGGUUCUUGCAGUACCAGAAGGAUUGUGUAAACCAGGUUCUCAAGGCAGCCAUGGCCAUAAACGCACAGGUUUUGUUCGAGAUGGAGAUCCCUGAGAGCUACAUCGACUCUCUCCCCAAGAACGGGAGGGCGAGUCUCGGAGAUCAGAUGUACAAGAAUAUAACAGUAGACUUCUUCGAGCCGGACCAGUUCUUGAGCACCAUGGACAUGUCGUCAGAGCACAAGAUCGUCGACCUCAAAAACAGAAUAGAGGCAUCAAUAGUCAUAUGGAAACGCAAAAUGGUUCAAAAAGACAACAAAUCAGCAGCCCCGUGGGGCUCCGGCGUCAGCCUGGAGAAGAGAGAGGUUUUCGAAGAGCGAGCAGAGACCAUUUUGCUCAUUCUCAAGCAAAGAUACCCUGGCCUGUCUCAGUCUUCCCUCGACAUCAGCAAAAUCCAGUUCAACAAGGACGUGGGUCAAGCGGUCUUGGAGAGCUACUCGAGAAUACUAGAGAGCUUGGCGUACACAGUCCUAUCGAGAAUCGAUGACGUUCUACAGGCAGAUCGAGCGGUGAACAAGAGGAGCAUACCGUUGGAAUCAGAGGAGGAGUCGUUCGUUGGGAGCAUGACGCUGUCGGAUUUCAUGGGAUGGGACUUCGAUCAGGCCGAAUUGGAGUUGAAGAAGGAUGCGUCGGAUGAUCAUCAACUUUUGAAGGAGAAGCUAAGCGUCGUCACCACAAAGAAGACCUCAUACCUCGAAACCCUAGGCGGCGUCAAGAGUCCGACGGCUCGGCAUUGA